GAGCGAGGCGGGGCCCGGAGAGUGAGUGACACCCCGAGGCGGGCGCCGGCUGAGCCGGGCUGGAGCUGGGCACGCAACUUCCACGGGACUGAGGAGCCGCUUCAGCCAGGAGACGCGACUGAGCGAGCCCGCGGGGUCCCGCGGCUGCCGCCCCGACCUCUUCAGGGAAGACCGGGCGGAGGAGGCGCCGGGGCCGCUGCGGAGCGAGUCCGGAGCGGCUGAAGUUUAGACCUGCCGCGGGGCGGGGACGUGGAGCCGCAUCCAUCCCCCGGGCCAGGGAGCAUGAAAGUUCCGCUCCGGCCUCGCCGCUGCUUCCGGCUGCGUUUGGCGACAAGGCGCCACUGCCCACUGCGCUGAGAAGCGGCUGCGGUGGGUCCGUGCCGGGCCUGCGGGCUGGGGAGAGACGCCAGCAGCUCCACCGCUGUUGGAAGUUCGCGAGAAACGAAACUUGAAAAUCGUGAAAAACACUGAAAACUGGAAUAAAAAAAAAAGCUCCCCGAAAUCAGUGGAUCCUGCAAACACCCCUUCCCCGACCGCGUCACCAGCAGCCUCACAAGGGAAUCACUGGAGAUUUAAUUUUUUAAUGCAUUUGAAAGGAUUUUUGUUAGUGUGUUUCUUGGUUAAAGGCCUUGUAUUUCACCUUGCGGAGUUUGUUGGGGGAGAAGAACGGAGGGGAAAAACAUCUCCUUUCUGCUGGGUAGGGCUUGGAGGUGAAACGUUGGUGGCUACUUCUCCAGCUGGGCACUUCUCCCCACGCUACCCCUGACUUUGUAUGUGUGUGUUUUGUUUUUGAUAUUGAAGCAGUUUGAUUCUUUGCCUAAUAAACUUUUUCGUUCAAAUCCACAAUGGAGCCUGGCAAUAUGGACUAUUUCUGUGAUCAGGUGCAGCAGAAAGAUGUGAGUCGCAGAAUGCAAAUCGGCCAAGAGUUGCUGGAGUAUCUGGCUGAUCCAAGUAGAUCCACUGACCUCGAGCAGGAUCAACAGCGCCUCGAUAAAGUGAUUGACGAAUUAACAGGAUGGGUUAACUCUAGUAAUUUUAAGGUGGCGUUAGUUGGAUUAGAUGUCCUAGGUGCCUUUGUUGACAGACUAUCAGGACACUUUAAAUCCUAUGUACCAACUGUUCUUCUAGCAUUGAUUGAUCGAAUGGGAGAUGCCAAAGACCAAGUUCGAGAGCAAGCCCAGACUCUUAUAUUGAAAUUAAUGGACCAGGUUUCACCACCAAUGUGUAUUUGGGACCGUCUUGCUGUUGGCUUUAAACAUAAGAACUACCGAUCCCGAGAAGGAGUGUGUUUGUGUCUCGUUGCAACCUUAAAUAUUUAUGGUGCACAACCAUUAAUCCUCAGCAAGUUGGUACCACACUUAUGUAUCUUAUCUGGAGACUCCAAUAGUCAGGUGAGAGAUGCUGCAUUAUUGGCAAUUGUGGAGAUUUAUAGACAUGUAGGAGAGAAAGUAAGAGCUGACCUUAAUAAGAGGGGAAUUCCCUCUGCAAGGUUACAAACAAUAUUUGCAAAAUUUGAUGAAGUGAGAGACUCUGGAAAUAUGAUUUUAAGUAACAUCAGUGAUAAAAGCUUUGAUGAUGAGGAGUCAGUGGAUGGGAAUAGGCCAUCGUCAGCUGCCUCAGCUUUCAAGAUUCCUGCACCUAAAAAACUCGGGAAUCCUUCAAACAGUGCAAGAAAACCAGGUUCAGCUGGUGGGCCUAAGGUUGGAGGUGCAUCGAAAGAAGGAGGAGCUGGAGCUGUCGAUGAGGAUGAUUUCAUUAAGGCGUUUACAGAUGUUCCUUCUGUACAGAUCUAUUCUAGUCGAGAGCUUGAAGAAACAUUAAACAAAAUCAGGGAAAUUCUUUCAGAUGAUAAACAUGACUGGGAUCAGCGAGCCAGUGCGCUCAAGAAGGUUCGAUCGCUGCUUGUUGCUGGAGCUGCACAGUAUGACUGCUUUUUCCAGCAUCUACGGUUGUUGGAUGGAGCUUUUAAAUUAUCAGCUAAGGAUCUCAGAUCCCAGGUGGUUAGAGAAGCGUGCAUUACUGUAGCUCAUCUUUCAACAGUUUUGGGAAACAAGUUUGACCAUGGGGCUGAAGCCAUUGUGCCUACUCUUUUUAAUCUGGUCCCUAACAGCGCCAAAGUCAUGGCAACUUCUGGCUGUGCUGCAAUCAGAUUUGUCAUUCGUCAUACCCAUGUGCCCAGACUAAUACCUUUAAUAACAAGCAACUGUACUUCAAAAUCAGUUGCUGUCAGGAGACGCUCCUUUGAAUUUUUAGACCUGUUACUGCAGGAGUGGCAGACUCAUUCGUUGGAAAGGCAUGCAACUGUCUUGGUUGAAACCAUCAAGAAGGGCAUUCAUGAUGCUGAUGCUGAGGCAAGAGUGGAGGCAAGAAAGACUUACCUGGGUCUUAGAAGUCACUUUCCUGGAGAAGCAGAGGUUCUGUACAAUAACCUUGAGCCAUCCUAUCAAAGAAGUCUCCAGACUUACUUGAAGAAUUCUGGCAGUAUAGCAUCUCUCCCUCAGUCAGACAGGUCAUCUUCAAGUUCACAGGAGAGUCUCAAUCGUCCUUUAUCUUCUAAAUGGUCCACAGCCAGCCCAGCAAGUAUAGCUGGCAGAGUUUCAGGAAGUAGCAGCAAGACUGCUCCAAGUCCAGGAACACUGCAGAGGUCCCGCAGUGACAUUGAUGUUAAUGCUGCUGCAGGUGCAAAGGCACGGCAUGCUGCUGGACAGUCAACAGGAGCUGGGCGCUUGUCUGCUGCUGGUCUUCCUCCUGGAUCCUAUGCUUCACUAGAGGAUACUUCUGACAAGAUGGAUGGAACAGCUUCUGAAGAUGGUCGUAUACGAACAAAGCUUUCAACACCGUCUGUUGGAAUUGGAAAUUCAAAGACAGAUUCUAGAGGACGUAGUCGAACGAAAGUUGUCUCUCAAUCUCAGCGUUCAUCAUCGCCAGACAAAAAUGAAGCUGGUAGUCGAUCUGGAUCUCCUGGAAGAGUUUUGACUACAACUGCACUUUCAACUAUGAACACGGGGGUUCAGAGAGUGUUAGUCAAUCCAGCAACAGCACAAAAACGGAGCAAGAUCCCACGAAGCCAAGGAUGCAGUAGAGAAGCAAGUCCUUCUAGAUUGUCAGUAGCACGAGGCAGCCGCAUUCCUCGACCUAGUGUGAGUCAGGGGUGCAGUCGGGAGGCCAGCCGUGAAAGUAGCAGGGACACAAGCCCUGUCCGCUCUUUUCCACCCCUUGCUUCCAGGCAUCACUCCAGAUCUACUGGUGCUCUCUACACCCCAGAAGUAUAUGGGGCUACAGGUACAGGGUUUGGGAUCAGUCAGUCAAGUAGAUUGUCAUCAUCAGUUAGUGCUAUGAGAGUUCUGAACACAGGUUCUGAUGUAGAAGAAGCAGUAGCAGAUGCACUGCUCUUAGGAGACAUACGGACUAAGAAAAAGCCUGUACGAAGGAGGUACGAAUCGUAUGGAAUGUACUCUGAUGAUGAUGCCAACAGUGAUGCAUCCAGUGCCUGUUCAGAAAGAUCAUACAGCUCUCGCAAUGGCAGCAUACCUACAUAUAUGCGGCAGACAGAAGAUGUGGCAGAGGUCCUCAAUCGCUGUGCUAGCUCCAACUGGUCAGAAAGAAAAGAAGGUCUUCUAGGUCUACAGAAUUUAUUAAAAAAUCAGAGGACUUUAAGUCGCGUUGAAUUAAAAAGAUUGUGUGAAAUCUUCACAAGGAUGUUCGCUGACCCUCAUAGCAAGAGAGUGUUCAGCAUGUUUUUGGAGACCUUGGUUGACUUCAUCCAGGUCCAUAAAGAAGAUCUACAGGAUUGGUUGUUUGUGUUGUUGACACAGCUGUUGAAGAAAAUGGGUGCUGAUUUGCUUGGGUCUGUACAAGCAAAAGUUCAGAAGGCACUUGAUGUCACAAGGGAAUCUUUUCCGAAUGAUCUCCAAUUCAGUAUUUUAAUGAGAUUCACUGUUGACCAGACUCAGACACCUAGUUUGAAGACAGUCAAGCCAGCACUGCAGGACCAGCUUCGCUCUUUUUGGAGCUCCAAGGUUAAAGUUGCAAUUCUUAAAUACAUAGAGACUCUUGCACAGCAGAUGGACCCAGGGGAUUUCAUAAAUUCAAGUGAAACUAGGCUGGCAGUAUCUCGGAUCAUCACCUGGACAACAGAACCGAAAAGUUCAGAUGUUAGAAAGGCUGCACAGUCAGUGCUGAUUGCCCUAUUUGAACUAAAUACCCCAGAGUUCACAAUGUUACUGGGUGCUUUACCAAAAACAUUUCAGGAUGGAGCAACAAAGCUUCUCCACAACCAUCUCCGGAAUACGGGCAAUGGUGGUCAGGGGUCAAUGGGAAGUCCUUUAACAAGACCUACGCCACGUUCACCAGCCAGUUGGUCCAGUCCUCUCACUUCCCCAACCAAUACAUCACAGAAUACUUUGUCACCAAGUGCAUUCGAUUAUGACACAGAAAACAUGAAUUCUGAAGAUAUUUAUAGUUCUCUUCGUGGCGUCACUGAAGCCAUUCAGAACUUCAGUUUCCGUAGUCAGGAAGAUAUGAAUGAGCCUGUAAAACGAGAUUCCAAAAAGGACGAUGGUGAUUCAAUUUGCAGUGGCUCUGGAAUAGCGGAUCUGAGAGCAGGAGGUGGAGCAAUUGAUACAGGCCGAACAGCUCUUGAUAACAAAACAUCAUUACUUAACACAAUGCCUCCCCACUCUUCUCCACGUUCACGAGAUUAUAACCCGUACAAUUACUCAGAUAGUAUCAGUUCUUUUAACAAAUCUGCUUUGAAAGAAGCUAUGUUUGAUGAUGAUGCUGAGCAAUUUCCGGAUGAGCUCCCCAUGGACCAUUCUGAUCUGGUUGCAGAAUUGCUGAAGGAAUUGUCAAACCAUAAUGAGAGAGUUGAAGAAAGAAAGGCUGCUUUGUAUGAGCUUAUGAAAUUGACUCAAGAAGAGUCCUUUGGUGUUUGGGAUGAGCACUUCAAAACAAUACUACUUCUGUUACUUGAAACUCUUGGGGACAAAGAGCAUGCAAUCAGAGCUUUGGCAUUGAAAGUUUUAAGAGAAAUUCUAAGGAACCAACCAGCAAGAUUUAAAAAUUAUGCAGAGCUUACAAUUAUGAAGACACUAGAAGCUCAUAAGGAUCCUCAUAAGGAGGUGGUGAGAUCUGCUGAAGAAGCUGCUUCAAUGCUGGCCACUUCCAUUAGCCCAGAUCAGUGCAUCAAAGUACUUUGUCCCAUUAUCCAAACUGCAGAUUACCCCAUUAAUCUGGCUGCAAUCAAAAUGCAGACAAAAGUGAUAGAGAGAGUAUCUAAAGAAACGCUUGCUCAGCUUUUACCAGAGAUUGUGCCAGGUCUAAUACAGGGUUAUGAUAAUUCGGAGAGCAGUGUUCGUAAGGCUUGUGUUUUCUGCCUUGUAGCCAUUCAUGCAGUAAUUGGCGAUGAACUAAAACCACAUCUCAGUCAACUCACAGGCAGCAAAAUGAAAUUAUUGAACCUUUACAUCAAACGUGCACAGACAGGCUCUGGAGCAGGUGACACAGCAGCAGAUGUUUCUGGCCAAAGCUAAUGAAACUGACUACAGUGAACCAGGUCUUCUAAAGAAAGGACAGGCACUCUGAUAUCAGUGAAAGGAAAAUUCUCACACAUACCUUUGGAACUCCUUUUUUUUUUUCUCCCAGUUUGUCUUUUGUUUUCUUUUUUUAUUUUUUUUUAAACUGAUGGCUACCCCUCAGCCUGCAUGUGACAGUUGCAGUAGAAUUAUUCCAAAUCCAAGGAGAAAACAGUGUUAAUAUCAGCUGGUCAAAACACAAUAAAUUUUAAAAAUCUAAUCCAUCACUUUUUCUGUUCGCACUCCUCUGUGUGUCUUCCCAUUAACUUUUACCAGUGUUAUGACUGUAUUUAAAAAAAAUUUUAAAAAUGCUAAUUAAACAAGAAUGCUUUAAGCUUUAAAAGUUAAAAUCUAAAUUCUGUUGCUUUUUUAUUUUUGGCUGCAGAAUAACAUGCUAUUUUUAUUGCUGUUUUGUUUAAAUAUCAUAUUUGCUAGAAAGAAGAAAUUUAUAUGAAACAUGGCAGGACUAGUCUGAACUGCAACUAGACUCAGUCACUGUGGUGGUACAUCUUAUUUGUAUCUUGUUUGGGAUAUUCUGGAGUAUGAGAAUUAUGCCCAUAAAAAGCUGGAUUGAUCCAGUUCUUUGAAAGUGAUAUUGUUCAUUGGUUGUAUGUUUGUCCCAUAAAUAAGAAUUUAUUGUGAGCAGUAGAGGACUAGUACAGCUAGCACAUCAUAAUGUGGAAGACAGCCCGUUCAGGGUCCAGUGUCGCAGAACUGGUGAUAGUGUGACAACCUGCUUUCUAGCAGCAGAGAAAACACUUACUUGAUGGACCUGAACCAUCCUUGUCACUAUCCUUUCUUCAAGCAGGAUGCCUCAGAGUGGAGUGCUCUGCCCAAGCAUGCUCAGUAUGUAUUUAUCUUUAUCACUAGAAUGUUUCCUCUCAACCUGGUUGCUGGAACCAGUAGUGUUGUAUUGUAACUCACAUGGAGGGUAUAUGACAACAGUGCAGUUCAUUGGUUGUCUUUUUAAAAGCACUAAAACAUUCUGCACUGAAUUUUUAAGGUGGCAGGGGAGAAUCACAAGUGCUAUGAAUCUUGCCACUUUUUUCAAAAAAAAUGUUUUGGAUGAAUUGGGAAAGCAGCACCAAAUUAUUUGCAUGGUUUUCUUGAACAGCAUCAUCAGGACCCAUCUGGAUUAAGGUGUGAAAAUGUUUUCAGGUUGUUGUUUUAUUUUUUAAAUUUUAGUUUGUUAAUAAUGCUUCUUUGUAUUUAUGAUAAUGGAAAGAGAGAACAAAAAUCAAGUAAAUAUAUGUCCUUGAAUGUCUUUCUGUUUCUCAGACGUAAUCAACAAGCUACUUAGCUGAGAGAUGGGGUAAAACAGCACCUGUCCAGGAAUGAUGGAACCUGGGUUUGUUUGUUUUUUACUAUGGUAUGGUCUAGUUUUAGGACAUGUGUCCUGGUAAGAGAGAAAAUAACAGUGCCAAGGAUGUUCUUCUGUUCUAGGCUAAAAUUCUCUCUACCUCUUCAGAGUGAUUACUUUACUUUUGACUGAGCUGCUGCCCAUAGUGUCUUGUGGAAUAACUGUCUAUAGAAAUCUUUUUUUAAUUAUUUUUUCAAAUCACCAUUUGCUACUGUGUAUUCGAAGCCCUGUUCUUUAUCAUGUCGCCAGAUAUCAUAAGGAACUGCUAAUGCAUUUCAAUUGCUAGUUACCUUGAAAGACAAAACUGACUAAAAGUGGAGCUGGAUACUUGCAAUUACAUUCUCUGAGAGGUCAUUUUCACUUAAUCUGAAGUGAAUCUGACAGAGAAAGUUGAGACAUGGUUAUUAAAGAAGCAGUUUGCUGCUGUUGCAGAGAUGUGUUUUCUUUGGGCAGGGGGGAAUGUAGAAAUGUAUGUAAAAACUUUAAAAAAGGGAAAUUCUCAUUAUUUGUCACUGGACCUUUUUUUUUUUUUUUUAGCAGCUGCAUCAGGAAAGUAGUGUCUCCCCUUUCUCUCCUCCCUUGUGUGCAACUUUCUCUUUGUUUUCUACUGUUUAACUACGUUGUGUAUUUAUAGUUCUUUGCUUACCAUUGUGCAUAUACUGGCAAUAAAAUGUACAUAACAUUACUUGAAAAAAAAAUUAACAAUGUAUACAGGCCGUUUUUCUGUUUUGUUCAAUCAUGUUAUGUGAAAGAUUAUAGAUGUCAUAGGCACCAAUAUUGUUUUCAAAAGAUUCUGCAUAAUUGCUGUGUGUUCAGAAUGCUGCUUUUUUAGACAUUCUAAGUACCCCAUUUCUCAAAGGAUUUUGCUAUCUUUAUUUCAGUGGUACAGAAAAUCCCAGUUGUUUUAAAUUGUCACUCAGAUUACAGUUUAACAGCCCUACUUUAAACCUUCUUCAUAAGUGUAAAUGUAUAAGGUCUUAAUUCUGUUUGUUCUGAAGAGUGUUCUUUCAAGGCUUGACCUCAGGAGGACUGCGCUAUUUCCAUUCUUUCUGAACAUGGAGUCUGUCCCAUUUACACUACAAAAAUAAGCCUAUUUAAAUAUGUUUAUGGCCUAAUGUUAUAACCUUUUUUUCCUUAACAAUGUGGACAGGAAAAAAAAUCUGUCAGUCCCUUUGCGAGAGAGAUGUUAUCUUGGGUACAUAGAUAGCAAGGCUAAAAGUUGGUGUGGGGGUUGUUUAUGUUCACAAAGACAGAGAAAUCUUGUUUUUAUAAGAAGCUUGGACCACAGUCUUGUUUCAUACCAUAUUUAAACAUCCCAUGUCCUAAAAAAAACUAAACUUAAAUUUUAAAUGUUUAAAAAAUUUUAAUCGUCAGUAAUGACCUGCUAUCAACCUGAUCAUAUCUGCUAGUCACGGGGAACAGAUUGCUGAGUAUGCACUUUCUUGUGAAAAGGAUCUGUUUUGUAUUCAUUUAAUCAUAGGAUAGGAGUGUGGAAGUUUACAAUAAAAAUGCAUAUUGCUCCCAUUGACAUUGGACAAGCUACAACAAUCCUUUACUUGGGCUUUAUUUCCUAUAUUGUAAAAAAAAGCUAGCUCAGUUUAAUUGCAACUAUAAUUAAUGAUGUGUCUUGUACAUGUUAAACUGGAGAUCUCUAAUGAAUGCACAUAAAGAUGAAGUGCAGUGAAAAGACGUUUUACAAUCUUGUUGGUCAGCAAAAAGUUCAGAUAGUUCUAAGGAUGAUGUCAUCUCUUAAUAGCCUUUCUUUCCUUGUAAGGUUAUCAUGCAAAACUUUUAAGCUGGAACACGUAUUUUGAAACAUAUACCUAUGGCUCUUAAAAAGUUUGAUUUUUGGGAGUAGAAUAUCUAUAUUUUGCAGUUGUAUGUAAAAAUAAAACCACAGUAUAUCCAGAGUCAGAAUAAUAAAUGUAAAGGUUAUUUGACAUGCCAGUUGUCUUAAAAUUAAAAUUUGACUGUAGUGUUGUGCUCAACCUAAGCCCCAGCCAGGAAGUUGGGGUAAUUAGUUGAAGUUGAAGGGACACUGUAAACUUGAAUUUUGUUGAUUUUUAAUGUUGUUUAACAUUUCCUUUAAAAACUACAGACAACAGAUUUGUUUUCAGUGUUUUAAGGGCAGAGGCCUAUGAUAAGGAUUAAAUGCUUGUGUCCUGGGAAAAAUAUUUUGGGAAUAUCCAUGCUAGCCUUUACAAACAUGUUAGUUACUUUGAAUUAAUUGGCAAUAAAUUAAUUCAAGGUCAAAACUCUAUUGAAGACAAACCCCAACUGUCAAAUUUCAAUUUUCAGUAAAGGAAGCAUUUUAAAAGAAUUCUCAAAUAUAACAUUUUCCUUUUGAAAACAAAUACAUACAAGGCAAAGCCAGGCUGGUGAAUUAUGCAACAAUAAAUGCAUUUGAUGCUUAAUGGUAACUGGAAUUAUUCUAUUUGUUGUGGUAAUGUUGUGGCAAGGUCAAUUAUUGUGAGCCAUAGACUUAGACUUAGAAUAUGGUAAACAUUAAAAUAAAGUGGUGAGGUUGGGACCAGCAGGGUUGUCAGGAGAAGGAAAACUAGUGUUCUUCCAUUUUAGCAAACUCUUACCAGUUUUGCAAUUGCAAAUAUCCUAAAAUAGUCUAGUACCACUGAAUUUUUAAUUAAUUUGUUUUCAUAAAAAUGUUCUUUGAAAUAAAUUGUAAAUAAAUACUUUCAAAUUGUCCAGUGUAAAUUUUGCCCCCAACCUUUCCAGGCAUGCAACUAUGUAGACUGCAAAGAUAUAACUCACUGAUCAGAAAUGUUCUCUUAAAAUUCAUUGAAUGAUACAUAAUUUUAAAAAGUUUGUCUACCUAAAUACAGGGAAGAUUUUCAGAAGCACCUACAGGAUGUACGGGUCCCAUCUGAAUCUUUGUGCUUCUUAAUACCUUAUACACUGAAAAUUUCACUAUACACCUUUAAUAAAUGUUUGUCAUAUGAAUGCAUUUUCAAAUGCCCAAAUACGUGUUUCUGGACUGUUUCGGUCUCAUGUAAACCUUCAAGAAAUAUGGAAGUUAAGGUUGAGUUCAGGAUGAAUUGUUAGUUUAAAACUGUUGAAAAUAGCCAAAACAUCACUGUUUCAUAGAUUAGGGGACUGGUAAUGAAAUACAGAACCUAGGUUGCCAGUCAAAGUCCACUCACUCCAGGUUAAUGAGAGAUUGAUAUUUGGUGACUAAGUUAGAUGUAUUUGUGAAAUAAGUUAGUAGUCUG